AUGGUCGCAGUCGGACGGGUGACGGCCUAUGAGCUAGGUCCUCCGCCGGGGCUGGAUGUCACCGCCGUUCUCUUGGCGAUGCCCACAUGCGCUAAGCGACCUGUUCGACAGGCGCCGACAGUUGCUACCGAACUGGCUGCUGCGAACUGCUCGCUGACUGACAUCAAUCUUUUUGCGGAUUGCCUGUGCACAAACAUCACCCUACAGUCGAGGAUGUCGACGAGCGUCCAGACGUCCUGCAAGUUCGGGGAUCAACUUAGUAAGCGCCUGAUCCCCCUAUCCCCUCUUCUUACCUCGGCUGAGGGGACAUUUGCUGAUAGUGUCUUAGAGGUUGUCGAGCUCGAGACGGCAUUGUGCGCCGCGUAUCCGAAGGAGAGCCGCGUCAACGAGAUCAGAAUAGCGUCUAUCGUGGGCCUUGCUUUGACUCUGCCAAUUGUACUGGGACGAUGCGUUUGCCGGUACCAAAUGACCAACAACCUAUGGUGGGAUGAUUGGAUGACCAUAAUCGCCACGGUCGAUCCUGGAAACGAACCGGCCUUGCUGCAGGUAUGGUCAUCUCCGCCUGUGCAAGCGCAAUACCAUGAUGUUGCGAAUAUUAACACCGUGUUCGCCAAGGUGGCCAUCGUGAUGCUCUACCUUCGGGUGUUCACCACGCCGUGGUUUAAGUGGGCAUGCUGGGCCUUUGUCGCCUUCAUGUUUGGCCACGGCGCCAUCUUUUCUCUUUUAAUCGUCUUCCAGUGUAUUCCCGUCGCCGCAGUUUGGGACAGAUUCCUUUCCAGUAGAUGCUUGAACGUCAACGCCGUGGGAUGGGCGGGGGCUGUCCUGUCGAUCAUUGAGGACAUUGUGCUAAUGAUAUUGCCCAUUCCGGAACUCAUGAAACUUCAGAUUACCGGAAGAAAGCGGACCGGUGUCGGCAUCAUGUUUUCCAUUGCCUCGUUCGCCACCGUCACGAGUAUGAUACGGCUGAAGUAUCUCGUGCAAUUCAGCAAUACAUAUGACACUACCUGGGACAAUGUGGACAUUGUGGUUUGGUCCAUAAUCGAGGAGAUGUGCGCCAUCAUCUGCGGAAGUCUGCCGCCUCUGCGCCCCUGGUUCAGCCCGUUUAUCCCAAGCAUACGCGUCACAUGGAAAUCUACCAAGUUUAGCAAGAACAACUCCAGGAGUACCUCGAACACCGCCAGGGAUUCCACGCUGCGCAGCGCUUCGAAAGGUGCGCCUGGCCAAGACAGCAGGUCAGCGCAUCUGGAUUAUGACCCAGACUCAAAGGACUUUUCGUAUCCCUUGUCUUCACUGUCUCAGUUUCAUCAGUCGCCCGGGAAAGCAGGCGGGUAUCCGCGCGUUGCGUCGUCUCGAGAUAUCGAGACUGCAAGCUUUCCGGAUGGCGUAGCCGAGAAGUCAAGCACUGGUAACAGCAGCGGCAGCGAAACCAAUCUGGUCAUCCAGGGCAAUAAUGACGUCUCCGUCACAUUUGACGUCGAUGUGGUCAGGGAGUCCCGCAGCAAGCUGCCUGGUGGUAAUUUGGGGCGAACAGUGUCGGUUAUCAGUGCCGGACAUCAACCGCGCUAA